AUCUCCAAGACAUGAUUUAGUCUCUUGACGGCCAUCCCACUCUUUUGACACGCGCCCAAGUUCCCCAUCCGGCAUCAUGUCUCUCAAUCUGGAGAAACAACUUGUCUUCUACGGAGCAUACCACCAUAAUAAAGUCAACGUCGGCAUACAUUUGCUCUGUGUUCCUCCGAUUCUGUUGACAUCUUUCCUACUGCUCACCAACACGCCUGCCGUUCCACUACCGUCAUGGCUCUCCGUACCUAAUCUCCCGUUCAAUGUCGGCACUGUUGGGGCCGUCUUGUACUCGACCUUGUACAUUCUCAUGGAGCCUGUCGCAGGUGCCAUGCUGGCUCCAAUUCUCAUCGGCAGCACCGCGUAUGCGAACCACCUCACAUCGACCUAUGGUGCGACUGCCAACUCCUGGGCCGGCGCAGUCAACAUCGCAUGCUGGAUUGCCCAGUUCAUCGGACACGGAAAGUUCGAGGGAAGAGCCCCAGCGCUGUUGGACAACCUCGUGCAGGCCAUCUUCCUGGCGCCCUUUUUCGUUUGGUUCGAGAUACUCUUCAAGCUCGGCUACCGCCCCGAACUGAAGCGCCGGAUAGACCAGGCCGUUGAGCUGGAGAUUGUAAAGUUCAGGAAGAGCAAGGAGAAGGGUCAGAACGGCUCUGCGAAAUGAGGACAGACAUCGACAGUGGAUAUAUACUGUAUGAGCAGAUAAGCACCCAGCUAUUGGCACUUGCAAGAUAAUCAAAGGAGGCGUUGGGGGAUCAGAAGACAGUGCAAUAGUGUAUGAAUACCGCAAGAGAAGAAAGCAUUGCGCAGGAGCAAGGUGUACGCGGCGUCUUAGAGGCAUAUGUUGUCUUUGGUGUUCAAGUUUGCAUAAACGGCUGCAUGUUUCUUGAGAUUCAUAUAACAUAGUAGGAUACCAAUUUAGAAUGUGUU